AUGCCGCGCUUUUCGCACUUGCUAUUAUUUAUUUGCAUCUGGCUGUUUCCUUCGCUGCUAUCUCAUCGUACUUCGUCUUACCUGGUGGCGGCCACCCCCCGCAACAUCGAAGUCUCCGAGGUCACGACGUGUACCAAAGCCACGAUCUCCUGGAGCGACUUCGAUGACGAGUGGCCUUGGUCGCUCGAAUUCAGGGGGGUUCAAUCACCGGAUACUGAGAGCACAAAUAUACCUUCGUUCACGUGGACUCCACCUCGAAGAUAUCUCGCAGGAACAGAAGUGGUACUCCAGAUCUUCAACUUCGACAAUGAAGAAGGCGAAGCUACUUUCACGAUUGCGCCGUGCGCGACGGCGGCGGAAACAGCCCCUCCCCCAACGACCACCUCCGCCCCACCUCCGCCUCCGCCUCCGCCUCCGAGCUCUCCGCCUCCAGAGCCUCCUGUGACAUCGCACACGGAUGCCUCGGCUUCGUCCGUGCACGUUUCAAUCGAUAGCACGUCGCAAAGCCAGAACACCCCUCCCGCCUCCGUAUCGGCUUCCGGAUUUCUGUCCACUUCGGUCCAGGGCUCUGCCUUCGCGCAGACAUCUAUCACGGCAUCCUCAUCCUCCAAAGGCUCCACUCAAUCUCACCUCUCCCCUACCAGUGAAGGCGACGCCGUCUCGUCGACGUCAAGUUCGACAUCUUCUCAGUCCUCUCCGUCCCCUUCUCUUGCGUCCACCCCUCCAAGUCAUCCAUCCGCGACACUCCUCAUUGUGGGCGGCGCACUUGCGCUUUUUGGAGUGCUCCUUCUUUUCAUUGUGAUCUACGUGAUACGGCGUAGGCGAAGGGCUAAACGAGAUCCCUGGGACCACAGGGAGCCAAGCCUGCUGGCAGUGGAAGAUGAGGAUAACGAGAAAGCGUCUCGACGUGGUUCAUCGCUCCCUGAGGAAUUCAACAAGGACCAGCUGGUUCUCGACGGUCCAUCGUGGCAUUUGAACACUCCCUCACCGGGCUUCAUCCAGCCCGCAGGAACGCCACAACUCGCUCCGCUUCUCUCCGGAACUGAAACGCAAGUCCCACCGUCGCCAUCGCCUCUUCCUAUCCCGCUGCCUUCAGCGGAUCAUCAACACUCCACCUCCCUCUCCCCUCUGUCGACUGCUCACCAUGGGACACAGAAAGGCCUCAACGCCUGGAGUCCCCCUUUGUCCAGCGAUGAUACAUACAUGACACCAGCUCUCGACAGCAAGCGCCAGCACCCCUCCCGAGUCCCGCCUCCGAGUAUUCCGACGACCGCGUCCCAGCGUCACGUCGACUCGCCCCGCGACCAGGCACCGGACGAUACCCGCGCCGUCUCACGCGAGGACGCGCUCAUCUGUCAAUAUGCAGGGGGAGGCGGCGAUGUCCAUCGCGAAGCGUCCGCGCGGGAUGCCAUCGUUCAGUACGAGGAAGACGGCGGGAUCAGGAUCGCAGGCGGGCCGGCGAGCGGGGCGUUAGGCUUCGAGGGACCGCCGGCGGAUGCGCACCCGCAACAGACGCACAGGCUCAUCUUCCCGCCCCCGUACUCUUCUAUUGUUGGACGCUGA